AUGGAGGAAGCCCCAGCGGAAGAUUAUGCCCUUGAUCCUUGGGGGGGUUUUGGCAUAAGAAAGAAAAAGAAGAAAAUAAAGACACCCUUAUUCAACUUCGAUGAUGCUGAAACCGUCGAAGCAGCAAAGCCAUACGAAGAGCUGAUACCAGAACCGGAGGUAUAUUCCGAGCCAGUACCAGAGCAGGAGGCAUAUAUUGAGCCAGAACCAGAGCAGGAGGCAUAUCUCGAGCCAGAGCCAGAUCCAGAGGCAUAUGGAAGGCUACACCCAGAGCCGGAGACAUAUGAAGAAACGAAGCCAGAGACACCCGAAGAGCUAGAGGUGAGAUAUCUUGUAUCGUCGAGACACCUCGCUCUAGCAUCCCGGUACUUCUCGACUAAGCUCUCUGGCCCGUGGAUUGAAGCUUCGGUCAGGGUCAUUGAUGGCUGUUAUCACAUGGAGGCAACAGAUUGGGAUCCCGAAGCGCUCCUGAUUCUGAUGCAAAUCAUCCACGGAAAGACGAGAAGUGUGCCCCGUCAGGUAGAUCUCGAGAUGUUGGCGAAGCUGGCGGUCCUUGUGGACUACUAUGAUUGUCAUGAAGUCAUCGAGGUUUUCUAUUCUUUGUGGAUCGAGCCUAUGAGAGAAGAUCUCCCAAGUUAUUACUGUCGAGAUUCGGUUCUCUGGCUUCUCAUAUCGCACGUUUUUAGAGAAGACGCCAUCUUCAAAGACAUGACAGGAUUGGCCGUGCUGCAAAGUGCUGACCCUAUACAAACCAUGGAACUGUCGGAUUGGAAGUCCAAUUCGACCGCGGCAUACAGCCGACUGCGCAGGGGCCAAUUAGGGGCCCUAUUUACAAUUAUCAUAGCCAGCCUAACCUACGGUUAG